AUGGAUGAUAGAAUUAAAAUUGAUGUAAAUGGACAAAUGUUUGCAGUUCCUAGAGAAAUCAUAGAAAAUGGGCCACCGUCUCGGCUUAGGAGAAUGUAUAAGGCAGGGUCAUCAGUAUCAAAAUCAGAGUGCAUCGUUAUAAACCGACCGCUUGAAAGUUUUACGGCUAUUUUAGGCUUUUAUCAAACUGGAGAAAUGCAUAUUCCUAUGACGUCAUGUCCGGGAGUGUUCAUGAGGGAGCUGGAGUACUGGGAGGUUUCGAUGGAUGUGAUUUCGGACUGUUGUUACAAUAGGUUACAAAGUUUCUUGGACGAGCAAGAUACAUUAAGACAGUUUAAAGAAAACUCUGAAACAAGAGGAUUGACAGAUUCACCAUUGGAAUCAUACAGUUGCUUGAAAAAAGUGCGAGCAGCUACAUGGGAAAUUGUUGACUACACCAAACCUUCUAUUGUUGGAAAAGUAUACUUUGGUUUGACACUUCUGAUGGUGUUGUUGUCCAUAUUUACACUGGCAUACAGUACAGACCCAAGCUUCCAGCGAGCAAUGACUAACUGCGAGCGUCUAGAAUACAUGAGAUCAUCUGGUAUGGACGGUUACGAGAUGGUAAAACCUCACUUGGAAGAGUUAUGUGAUCAGGAUUAUCUUCCGCAUAAUUCCCAGAAUGCAGUGCCGAAUGAAACUGUUCCUGAAAGCUUCGAAUUACAAGCCGAUGAUAACAAUGCUACCAACAGUGAUUACAAGGUAUACCUAUUCAAGGUUUUAUUUCAAAAGUUUUACAAGAUGGACAGCAAAGAUAAAGGCCAUGAUAAAUUUGAAAUGGCUCGUAGGAAUUCAGCAAAUAACGUUAAACCGCCAGACUUCGAAAAGAAAGUUGAAAAUACAUUUGGCAAUGACAUGAUUUAUGAUUCAGAAAGUGAAAAUAACACGGUAGAAAUAGAUGAGUACGGAUAUGACGACACAUUGCCUGAUAACUUUACAAGUCCCUUUUAUGACAUGACAGUGUUAACGACAGGAGUUGCUUUAGAUAUACCCAUUCCGCAGCUGUUUAUUGAACUGAAACAGGUUAAAGUCCCAGACAUGAAAGCAAGGUUAUUCAUGCUGGUAAUAAUGGAGUCAGUUUCAAACGUAUUCUUCACCGUUGACACGUUUCUCCGUUUAUAUUCGUGUCCUCGUAUAACGUACUACUUCCUAUCGGUCAUUAAUACGGCAGACGCCACGGCAUUGCUUGGUGCAUACCUUCAUUUAUUUUUGUAUUACAAAUAUCCGCAUUUAAGAUAUAGUAACAGCUGGAUAGACGUUUUAGCAUACAUCCAAAUGUUGAGGUCACUUCGUCUAUUCCGUAUCGUUUCAAACAUUCGUGCAGGGAAAGUCCUUGCUUUUUCCGCACGUAAAAAUGUUAAAGAUCUUACUAUUCUGAUAUUAUUUCUAAUCGCUGGCAUGUGCACGUUUGCAAGUUGUUUCUAUAUUGCCGAAGAUAAAACAGCCGUAGAAAGCAUCCCAGAUGCAUGGUAUUGGGCGAUCAUCACCAUGACAACCGUUGGAUACGGUGAUAUUGAACCGCGUACCAAGGUGGGAAGGUUAAUUGCGUGUAUUUGUGCUAUUGUUGGUGUGCUAUUGCUGGCACUUACCGUGCCGAUAUUUGCGAAUCAUUUUCUUAUUCUUUAUCAGCACGUGGAAACUGAAAAUGUUGUUAAGAGACUUGAAAAAAGACUUUCCGGCAAGGACGAAGACAGAAAGAUGGAAACUGCAGAUGCUGGCUACAAACCAACAGAUAAACAAAAGAAAGCUUUUUAUAUUGUUUAG